ACACACACGCACGGAGACACCUCUGCCUUCGCAGGCGGCCGAGGGGCACUUUUGAAAAUUAUUUUCUUUCCACACCCAGCCCGCGUCUGACAUCAUUUCUGCAGGAGGGAGGGCGGGAGCAGCCGCCGCCGCCGCCAGACGGUUGCACCCGGGCGGAGAGCCGCCGCCGGCCCCCGGCAGGCAGAUGACUGUUGCAUUAUUGUCUGCUUAGAUACCAUCUGUGCAACAAAUGAAACUCUGGAAAAAAACUAACCACAAGACAAGAGAGUGCUGUGUGAAGACUGGUACAUUUUACAAUGAAAAUAUUUUGAUGUGGCAUUAUACAAAACCACAAAAUAUCUUCCUUUCCUUCUUCCUUCCUUUCAUUCAAGAAAGGCUCGGUAGAGAGCCAUGAAUGACAUUUCUAGAAGCAGAAUGCGGCUGGUAGAUUCAGAAGAUCUUGAGUCAUGUGGUGGAAUCAGCUCUUUGGAGGAAGUUACCACUUCUGGUUCUUGUUGUGGCUGAAAAGAUUUAUCUUGGACUGAAGUCUCCUCAGCUCAAGGAUGUUGAUUCUUCUGGCUUUCAUUAUUGUGUUUCACAUAACCUCAGCAGCACUGCUGUUCAUCUCAACUAUUGACAAUGCCUGGUGGGUAGGAGAUAAUUUUUCUACAGAUGUCUGGAGAAUGUGUACCACAAACACUAGCACCUGCAGAGCUAUAACUGAUCAGUUCAGAGAGUAUCAAUCAAUUCAGGCUGUUCAGGCCUCCAUGAUCCUCUCUACUAUUUUCUGUUGCGUGGCAUUUCUGGUUUUCAUUCUUCAACUCUUCCGUCUAAAGCAAGGAGAAAGAUUUGUGUUAACCUCUAUUAUCCAGCUCCUGUCAUGUCUGUGUGUUAUGAUUGCAGCUUCCAUUUAUACAGAUAGGCAUGAAGAACUGCACAAGAGCAAUGAAUAUAUCCCUGAAGUUUCUGAAGGCCAAUAUGGCUAUUCCUUCGUCUUAGCCUGGAUUGCAUUUGCCUUUACUCUGAUCAGCGGCAUUAUGUACCUAAUAUUAAGGAAGCGUAAAUAAAUGUCAGCAGCUAGUUAUUUCUGUCACUACAGUACAAAACCAAAUUCCAAUAACCAUUAUGUAUAUAAUCAUUUACAUGGUUUUGUAGUAAAGGUAUUGUUUCUCUAAAAA